AUGUCAGUGGAGGAUUUCUCACAGCUUUCGCUCGAGGAGGCCAUGGUGACUACUCGAGCCAGGGCCAUCAAGGCAUCAAGGACAGGAAGCCCACCUCAACAUCUCGAUCAAGAUUCACCUCUACCUUCUGUCGAACCAGUCUCGCCCGUAUCACCCACGCCCUCCCUCAUCAUAUCGACAAACAAUCUCAGCUACAAUGUAUCCACAUUCGAUGCCAACCAACGGCGACGGGUCAAAAGAGGACUCCAGGAUAAUGGAAUCCGAAUGAAGUAUUGUACGACGAACAUCGACGAUGAAGACCCAAGCAUCCAAACACAGUAUUUCUACAUCAACGACGACGUUGAAGUGACCAUGGGUGGAAACUUCCAAAAACCUCGAUGCUCAUGUGGCGCCAAUGAAAAUGGCGUCGCUUGUAAGCACAUCUAUUGGAUUGGCGAUCACGUUGUCUCUACGGUUCCUGAUAUCGUCAAAGAUCAGCCUUUGCAACUUUCGACAGAUGGAUCAACUUUCCAGCACGUCAAGCCAGCAGACGUGCUGCGCAAGAAGGGUCUAGAAGAUAUUGCAAACGACCUGGAUUGGGUCUACGAGGACGAAGAUGUGCCCGAAGACGAAGAUGACAUCAGAGAAACAGUUAUCAGUAUGCUUUCAGUCUUUGAGCCCCAGGAAGCAUUGCCUGAGGAGUUCAAAUGUCCUGAGUCGCCUCUUACAUCAGAACGUUCGAAGAAAUAUCAAGAGCUCGCUGCGCUGUUCACCCAGUACGCCGCUGCAGACCCUGGACUUUUUCUUAGUAUGCGCGACAUCAUCGACCCAAACUUUCAGAGUCGCGUGUUCUUUGAAAAGAUCGAGAAUCGCAUCACGCGAACCUUCAACGCCUUAGCUGAGUACAUCGACCAUGGUCCUACAGACGCUUCUGUGGAUGCGCUGCGGUUUGACCUGCCAACCACCGCGAAAAAGCUCAGAGCCCUGGUCGAAGCUAUCAGCGACUUCUACGAACAACAAGACGAGGAUGACCCUGAUACAAAGAAUAUUGCGAUUCGAGCAGCUGCAGCCCUGGUACGGAUUCUGGACUUGGUUACAGAUCGCAACGUCGAUGCUUACGAGGACAUCACGUGGGGCAUGCGGCCUGAAAGUCCUAGUGAGAACAACCUGUACUACGCUCUUAUCGUCGCACCGGCAGCCAGCAAGUCAUUCUUCGUCUUGGAUGCACUCCAGUCACUGCCUCACGAAGAUGUCAUUCGCAACCAUUGGGCAACCUUACAGGGCAUUGAGAAGAAACUCGACGAGCACAACACCCCGGUCAGUUACCUGAAUGCUUUUCGCAGAGUUGUCCAUGACAGUCGCAAGAGAGCUGCUUCAGAAGCUCGUGGUGGGCAAGUCAAGCGAACAGCUUCCUGA